AUGAACGUGUCAGAGUGCGAAGAAAGUUUUGAGAAAUUGAAGCAGAUAUUGACUGAAGCGCUGAUUUUGACUUUACUAGCAUCGGAAAAUUUUUUUUUUGUUUAUAGUGAUGCUUUCUUAAGCGGUCUUGGUUACGUUUUGAUGCAAAAUGAGAAAGUGAUUGCUUAUGCGUCUCAUCAGUUAAAAGUAGAUGAAUGCAAUUAUCCAACACAUGAUUUAGAGUUAGUUGCUGUGUUAAGUUUGAGACAGCGUCAUUGGAUAGAACUUCUGAAAGAUUUUGAUUGUGUUAUUGAUUAUCACCCUGGUAAAGCUAUUCUUGUAGCUGAUGCAUUGAGUAGAAAAGUAGCAAUUGAAUUGCAAGCAAUGUUUGCUCAACUCAGUAUCAGUGAUGAUGGAAGUCUAUUGGCUGAAUGGAGAAUUAAACCAAUGAUGUUUGAUCGGAUCAAGUCAGCACUGUUAGAAGAUGACAAGUUGGUGAAAAAAAGAGAAAUGGUUCAGAAUGGUAUGUUAGAAAAUUUCAGCAUUGAUGAUUAUGAUUGUUUGAGAUUUCGUAACCGAAUCUAUGUUCUGGAUGUUUCUAAAUUGAAAGAGUUGAUACUUCACAAAGCUCAUGACUGUCCUUUUUCUUUGUAUCCUGGAGGAACGAAAAUGUAUCGUGAUCUGCAAGAAUCUUAUUAG